UGUAUUUUCGAAGCUUCUCUGUCUUUCUCAAUCUGCGAUUCACCAUUUCUCUCGUCUCUUCUCGUCUCUUCAGAGCUCGUUGAUUCAUCUUCUACCUUACACUGUUUGGUUUGAGGGAGCCAUGGGGAGAAAGGCUGGGAAUUUGUACAUAAACCCGAAAAAGCUCGGGAAUAUGGCGAAACCGUGUAUGAAGGAAAUGGUAUCGUUCCUCAACUGUAUGGCGCUUAACCAUAUCAAAGAUGAUAAAUGUGAGAAACAGAAGCAACUCCUCAGUGUUUGUAUGCAUGGCCAGACAGAUAAUAAGAACAAGUCUUGGGGAAACAUUAACUACCAUUUGCAGAGGCUAACCCGUGGAAGAAAGUAAUAUAAGCAUGGAUACUGUAAAAUGUAUCCAUGGAUAUCCAUGAAAGAACAUAGACCGGAUAGUUUCCGUUGUUGAUCUCUUCAUUUGUCUCUCUGUUCUUUGGAGUAUUCUAUAUGUACAAGUUGUUGGCUUCUAGAAGACGAAACAUUGGACACAUUGUUCACCAAAAGAAAAGGUUUUUUUUUUGGGUCUC